AGCAGAGAAAGGUUUGGAUGUAUCAAGCCUCCUCACAUCGACUAACACACAGCACCACUGUACUGCGCUACAGCCUCAGGGAGCGCUCAGCCAGCAGGGGCAGGCUGGGCAGGGGUCCAUCAGACCUUGUUCAUUUAAUAUGAACACAUAGAAGAAAAAAGGGGAUUCGCUAAGCCCACUCAGGGCCCAGGUUACCCAGAGGAUGUUAUUCAUCAGACUCACCUGCAACUGGUCCUGAGUUCAGACGUUCUCUCCUGCUGAGCUCUGAUUGUUACAAAGUAUCCAGAAGGACUUACGAACGCUGUCAGUAACCCAUGUAUCACCUUCUAUCCAGUCUGCCAAGGUUGAUCUGUCCUCCUGGGUUCCCUCACCAGCCUGGCAAUCUGAGAGCACAGCAGAGUUACUAUUGCUAAAGGGGUAGCUGCCUAUCUGAUCCUCACAGACUCACCCUCACUGACCCCAGGACUCAGGGCAAUGAACGGAUACGGUUCGCCUUACCUGUAUAUGGGGGGCCCCGUCUCACAGCCCCGGGCCCCCCUGCAGAGAACUCCAAAGUGUGCCCGCUGCAGGAACCAUGGGGUCCUAUCCUGGCUGAAGGGACACAAGCGCUACUGCCGCUUUAAGGACUGUACCUGUGAGAAGUGCAUCCUGAUCAUCGAGAGGCAGAGGGUGAUGGCGGCACAGGUGGCACUCAGGCGGCAGCAGGCCAACGAGAGCCUGGAGAGUCUCAUCCCAGACACCCUGAGGCCCAUCCCAGGGCUGCAAACCUCCCUGCCAGGGGACACGGGCCAGCAGCCAGCCCGGCAUGGGGAGAUGACCAUCCGCUGGGCACCAGAACCCCCUGCAGCCGGGCAGCUACCGGGCAAGACAGAGCUGCCCGAGGAGAGGCUGGGUGACAGCAGUGGUCCUGACAAUGCAGAGAGUUCCAGUGACCAAGAGCAGCGGUCCCCCCCAGAGGUUAAGCCUUGCUGCUCCCCGGAGAGCCCGGAGGUGGUUCCCGUGGUGGAGGAGGCCGGGUAUCCUGGACAGAAGAGCUGUCACAGCGUGGAGUCAGCGCAUGAGAGCCCCAAGUACCAGGCGGAGCACAGCCACCUGCUGAUUGAGGGUCCAUCGGGCACCGUGUCUCUACCUUUCAGCCUGAAGGCCAACAGGCCCCCUCUGGAGGUCCUCAAGAAGAUAUUCCCCAGCCAGAAGCCCACCGUGCUGGAACUGAUCUUGAAGGGGUGUGGGGGGGACCUUGUGGGUGCUGUGGAGGUCCUGCUGUCCAGUAGAUCCUCUCUGACUGGGGACAGGACUUCAUCGGAGGCUGAUGGCAUUGUACUCCCCACCAAUGGCCACCUAUUGGAGCACACCCUGGGUUCAUACCCCUUACCCUCUUCCAAAUGGUCUGUAGGGUCAGCCUUUAGGGUUCCUGAAUCCCUGCGCUUCUCGGCUGACUCUAAUAAUGUGGUUCCCAAUCCUCUUGGAGUGCCCCUGCAGCACCCCUUUCCCCAACCCCCCAGGUACCCUCUCCUGUUGAGGAACACUUUAGCCAGGAAUCAGACCAGUCCUUUCCUGCCCAAUGAUGUCACUUUGUGGAACACAAUGACCCUACAGCAACAGUAUCAGCUCAGGUCCCAGUAUGUCAGCCCCUUCUCGGCCAACCCCACCACAGUCUUUAGGAGUUCUCCCGUACUCCCCGCUAGACCGCCAGAGGAUCCCAGGAUCACAGUUCCAGAGGACAGCUGUCCCAUUGUGGUCAAACCCCCCAUUUACGAAGAUGACUAUGAAGAGAGGUCAGAUUCUGCAGAUUCUAGAAUACUCAAUAACUCUUCCUAAUGGACAGGGGGCUUGGUACACACAGAGUGACAUUUGGGCAAAGGACACAGUUUUAGGAAAUUUCCCUUAUGAUGCGAGCUCUACUUGAAGUCGUAUUUCAUGGAAGUGGACAGAAAUAUUUUAUUGACCCAAAUGUAUUGCACAGGUCAGAGCAAUAUACAGAGGUGUAUGGGUACUUUAAUUCCAUUUCUAGAAAAGAACAGUGUAUCUAUUUUCUAAUAUUACUACCAGAUCAGUGUAAUAGUGUUGAUGGAAUGGAAUCACUUUGUUGACAUUAAACACGAAUGACCUGGAAUAAAAGGAACAUCUUCCAAAUGGACAAGACAAUAUGACCUUUCAGAGUCUUUCUGUGAAGACAUUAGCCAUACGAAUCUAUGGGAACAGGAGUCAGGGGAACAGAAAUGGCAUAUCUGACUUCAGCACAGAGAAAAAAAAAUAUCCCAGAUUACUACUGUUUUCUCACGCUAGAAGUUAACAUAUGUAAUGUCAAUGUAAAAUUGCCAGCAAAUGUGAACUGCAUGAAUUGUACUGUUAAAUGAGCCUAAGAGUAAACAUUGUCAGGUUAAUGUAGCAUGCUAAAGACUCUAGGAGAAAUAAAAAAGCUGAUGAGCA